AAGAGAGCAAACAAAAAAGGACAUCAAAUUGAAUUCCCACGCACGGCACCGUUGAGCUCACUCAGUCAGUAGGUUUCAAAUAAGUGUAGUUAUUAGUGUUGUCCGCAGACGUGUGUUUAUUUCUUUACUGUCGUGAAUGCCAAGACAUUUUGAGAACCAUGAAGACAAAUAUCUGGAAUAUAAAGGACGUUUUGCACAUACCAACUGCAUCUGGGGGACCUAGAGUACCUAACCAGGGUGGCGCCUCAAGUGAUUUAUCUAGCUUAACAGACUCACAGUUUCUGAUGGGAUCUCAGUUCUGGCCUGAGAAUUCACAGUCCUUGAUGUCUCAGGAUCUAUCUCUUAGUUCAAGAAACACCAAACAAAGUUCUGAGGAGGGCAGUGAAUGGAGACUUUCCACAAAUUAUCAUCCAAAACCUUACCUGUUCGGUGGAGACAUUGAGGGAAACACUUCUACUUCCAUUAGCAGUAAACCGGCCAGUGGUAUGUUAGACAGGUUUUCAGAGGACAAGAGAAGGGUGAAAGACAAGGUAGAAAGUGAAACGAUGCUCCAAGGGUUUUUGCAAUUUAACAAGCAUCUUGAGAAGACAAAUUAUUUGUUCGAAAGUGCAAAUACCAGGGGUGAGACCACACACAAAGCACUGGUUGAAAGAAUAAGUGAUCUUGCAAGAACAAUAAAAGAAAAUGUGGCCAGUGCGCCGAACAGCAUCAGACCAGAAAUUGAGACCGUCAUCACAAAAUUAGACUUUCAAGAUAAAAAACUGAGAGAAAUUGAAGAAAAAGAAAUUAAGGAUUUGAAGGAUUUGUUGGAGCGUGUAAAUGGGAGUAGUGAGACCACACACAGCGCUCUGGUGGAAGGACUAAGUGGUCUUACAAGAACAAUAAAAGAAAUGAGGAAUAGCAUGAGACCUAAGAUUGAGGAUGUCAUGACAAAAUUAGGCUGUCAAGAUCAGGCACUCAAAGAGAUGGAAGACAGAGAGGUUAAGAUGGCCGGUGCUAUAAAGGGCCUCAGCACCCAACUGCAGGACCUGCAGAGAAACAUGGACAGCCUGAAGGUGGAGCAGGGCCAGGAGCAGAGCGUCCUGGCCAAGAUGCAGUCCCUCCUGGCCGCUACCCUGGAGGCCACAGCCCAGAAACCUGCGCCCAAGCCCAUCCACAUGGUCAACAGCGAGGUGCAGACCUCCCCCAGCCUGACGCAGCGCUUCUGUGUGGCGUCGCAUGAAGAAGAGAAACACUCUGAGCUCUCGCAGAGUCUGACCUCCACCGCCGUGCAGACCUCCACCGCUGUGCAGACCAGCACAGCAGUGUGCGAUCAGAGAGUGCCAUCCCGCGGUGCCCUUCGCCCUCUCCCCACCAACCAGGAGCAGGUCAUGCACAUGGCGGCCGGAGGAAUGAAGGAGGGCCUCUGGCAGCAGUCCGUCUGUAUACAGAUGCUCAAGCCAACUGGGGAUGCCGUGGCCGACUCUGGCCUGACCAAGCCCCAGGGGCGCUACGCACUGAGGCAGCAGGUCUCGCGCAGCAUCGUGGGAGCCAUGCCAGAUGAUUCUCAGAUGUUUGCCGUCAGUGACAGCACCCAGCUGUGGCCGGUCAGACAAGACGUGAUGACGACAGACUUUCCUGUGCAUAAAGGGUACCACGGCGAGAAAAAGUCAAAGUCGAAGAAAAGACACAGAGGACAGAAGAGGGCACUCAUUCCGUCGAGGGGAUCAUGUGGCCGCACUGGGGCUGGGCGAAGAGCUGCUACCCACAAGGCGAGAUCUUCUUUUGAGUACGAUGAAGAGGAGGAGGAAGAGGAGGAUGAGCUGUCUCCGCUCUACCACUUGAAAAACAAAGCCUUCCGCUCAAACGUCAAACCACCUCAGAAGUACAAGGAAAACGAUCCGUUUCACAUGGCCUUUAACGAAGACCACAGCACGACUCCAGCUAACAUGCAGAUCGCAGAGGCUGGCCAGGAAGUACUCUGGAAACUUUUCGAUUUUGAUGAUUCUGACUAAUUUUAUAAAACAAGUGAAAGUAAUAAGUUAAAAAUAAGUUACAAUUGUUUCCUUGUUUUGUUUAGAUUUUUAAAGCGCCUUUUUUACAGCUUAGUUAGGCCAGCUUUCAAAUGACUGGAGGAAUUGAGUGUGAAGACUGGCAUUGAGACAUGUUUAUAUUUGUAUUAGAAUUCGUUCAACCUUUCAACUCAUUCAGUUUCAUUGAAUUGGGGACAGAGGGAAGUGGGUGGGCGUGCUGGACUUUGGUAUUAUGUUGCAAACAAAAAAAACAAAAGGAAAAAAAGUUACUUGUUUCAGAUAAAAUGAAAAAUCACAGUAGGCAAACUGGUCUAUUUGCAUGACUGUAUUCUUCUGCAAGCAAACUUGAGUUACAAUAAAUAUAUACAAAUCACAUAA